AUGAUUUCAAAGACCACUAUCCUCACUCUCCUCGUAGCUGGAGUCGAAGCUCAGCAGGCAGGCACUCUAGAGCCCGAGACUCAUCCCCAAUUCACGUGGCAAAACUGCGCGUCUGGCUCAUGCACCAAUACCAACGCCGAGGUGGUGAUCGACGCCAACUGGCGAUGGCUACACACCGUCGAUGGAAGCGAGGGUUGCUACGAGGGAAAUGAAUGGACAGGUGCCUGUUCGACCGCUGACGGCUGCGCCGAGGAAUGCGCCUACGAGGGUGCGGACUACGGCACAACGUAUGGCGCUUCGACCAGUGGCGACGCCCUCACGCUCAAGUUCGUCACUGAGCAUGAAUAUGGAAAGAACGUCGGCUCGCGAUUCUACCUGAUGAACGGCGCCGACAAGUACCAGAUGUUCACCCUGUUGGGCAACGAGUUUGCCUUUGACGUCGACUUGUCCACUGUUGAGUGUGGCCUGAACUCAGCGCUGUACUUUGUCGCCAUGGAGGAGGACGGGGGUGUCGCUUCGUACCCGAGCAACUCUGCUGGUGCCAAGUAUGGGACUGGAUACUGCGACUCUCAAUGUGCGCGUGACCUCAAGUUCGUCGGAGGUCGUGCAAACAUCGAAGGGUGGCAAGCAUCAACCAGUGACCCUAACUCUGGAGUUGGUCCUUUCGGUGCAUGCUGUGCCGAGAUUGACGUCUGGGAAUCCAAUUCCCACUCCUUUGCCCUGACUCCUCAUCCAUGCGAGAACAACGAGUACCACGUUUGUGAGACGACAGAGUGUGGAGGAACCUAUUCGGAAGAUCGCUUUGCUGGCCUCUGCGAUGCCAAUGGCUGCGACUACAACCCAUACCGCAUGGGCAACACCGACUUCUACGGCGCAGGCAAGGUUGUCGACACUACCAAGAAGUUCACUGUUGUCACUCGCUUCGAGACCGACAAGAUGAGCCAGUUCUUCAUCCAGGACGGCAAGACCAUUGAGAUUCCAGCGCCAACAUACGAGGGCAUCUCUGACAGUGCCGACAUCACACCCGAGUACUGCUCCAACCAGCACACCGUCUUCGACGAGUUCAACCGCUUUGAGGAAGUCGGCGGCUUCUCGAAGCUCAAUGAGGCCCUGAACAUCCCCAUGGUUCUGGUCAUGUCCAUCUGGAACGACCACUACGCCAAUAUGCUGUGGCUCGACUCCACCUACCCGCCAGAGAAGGAAGGCCAGCCUGGUGCAGCUCGUGGCGACUGCCCACAGACUUCUGGAGUUCCGGCUGAGACGGAGUCUCAGUUCCCUAACGCACAAGUUGUUUGGUCCAACAUCCGCUUCGGCCCUGUUGGCUCUACUUAUGACGCUGGAAUCUAG